AUGAGUCAAUCUCUCCGGCCCUACCUACAGGCUGUUCGGUCCUCUCUCACCGCAGCUCUUACGAUCUCCAAUUUCGCUUCUCAGACAUCCGAGCGGCACAACUGCCCAGAGAUUGAGGCAAAUUCUUCGCCGGAGAUCCUACUGAACCCGUUGCACAUCAGCAGGAAUGAAAAUGAAAAGGUGAAGAUUGAGCCAAGCUACAAUUCUGUUCGCAUAAGUAUCAGAAUCAAGCAGGCAGAUGAGAUCGAGCACAUUCUUGUCCACAAAUUCACUCGGUUCCUCACCCAGCGAGCGGAAUCGUUCUUCAUUCUGCGUCGGAAGCCAGUGGAGGGAUAUGACAUCAGUUUCCUCAUCACGAACUUCCACACGGAAAAAAUGCUUACCCACAAGCUCAUUGAUUUCGUGAUCGAAUUCAUGGAGGAGGUGGACAAGGAGAUUUCGGAGAUGAAGCUCUUCUUGAAUGCCCGUGCUCGUUUUGUUGCGGAGUCUUUCCUGACACCGUUCGAUUAA